AUGUCUUCUUUCGUGGGUAAAGUUAAUUCUACCCUCAGAAUACCAGUUACCUUGUUCUUGUUGCUUGGUCUGUGGGCACCGAGCCACUUUACAGAGUUACGAAAGCGGUUGUUUAUUAUCUAUACAUUUUUCUCUUAUAUGUUUUUAGUGGGCAUUUAUAUAAUUGUACAACUAGGAGAUCUUUACCAAGUGUGGGGCAAUGUACCUUUGAUGACAGCCACCAUGUUUCUCAUCUUUACCAACCUCGCUUUAAGCGGUAAAUUCAUAAAUAUUGUGCUAAGGAAGACACUAAUACAGAGAAUGAUCACUGAGGUUAAGGAGGAAUUAGAUGCAGAAACUAGAGACGAAGGAAUGAAAAUUAUUGAAAGUUGCGACCGAGAAACGACUAUCCAAUAUUACGGAUAUGUCUGGCUGUCUUACGUCACUAUACUAGGCUGGGCUGCCAGUGCUGAGAAGAAUCAACUACCUUUGCGAGCUUGGUAUCCCUAUGAUGUGUCUAAAACCCCUGCAUACGAGAUUACAUACUCCCAUCAGUGCAUAGCACUAUUCCUCGGUUCAGCACUGAACACCAGCAUGGACACCCUAGCCACGACCCUUAUCUGCCAGUGCCGCUGUCGACUACGUCUGCUGGCUCUGUCCCUCACCACGCUUUGUGAUGGAGCACUAAUUGAAGAUAAGGGUCAUGUUUCAUGUAAUGAAGAGAUAGUGGUGCCUCGUCUUCGUGAUUGCGUCAAACGACACCAGGCGGCGUUGGAGCACGCUCGUCUCCUGCAAAUCUACUUCUCCGCUCCGAUUUUUGGCCAGUUUUUAGUAUCUAUGGUCAUCAUUUGUGUGACAGCUUACCAGUUGGCUUUUGAGUCAUCGAGUAUGAUGCGAAUUUUUGCUAUGGUAGCGUAUUUGCUGGACAUGAUGCUACAAGUGUUUCUCUACUGCUACCAGGGGAAUGAACUGCUGGAUGAGAGUGAGAAUAUAAAAGAGGCAGCGUAUAUGUGUCCGUGGUACUACUGCAGCGUCCCCGUGCGGCGCUCCUUGCUUCUCCUCAUCACCAGGAGUUACCGGCUUGCUAGAUUACGGGCCGGGGGAUUCACUGAACUCUCCCUCGCUUCAUUUAUGGGAAUAAUUAAAGCUUCGUACACAUUCUUUACGGUACUUCAACAGGUGGAAGAGUAA